AUGACAAUCGAAGGUCGUAGCCUCGUCGAGGGAGCUGCCUCCGGAGAUCUCCUGGUGUCGAAUGUUGCGCUGAGCUGCUGGGGCGGCGUCGAUUCUGAGACUGGGAUUGUUGUUGAUCAGCAUCAUCCUCUCAAGGGCGACUGCCUUACAGGUCGGAUCCUCGCUAUCCCUUGCGGUCGAGGAUCAUGUACCGGAAGUGGCAUCAUCCUCGAGCUCCUGCUGCGCAAACGAGGACCGGCAGCUCUGGUCUUUCACCAUGUUGAAGAGAUCCUUACGCUCGGUGUCAUGAUCGCGAGAGCAAUGUUUGGGCGCUCAAUUCCUGUUCUCGUCAUAUCCGCGAAAGACUUUUCACGUCUACGGAGCGGCCAGCCGGCCACUGUUCGAGGCUCGGAGCUUCUAUUUGGAUACGGCGCGUCAGAGGCACAGGGUUCUUCUGUACCACAGCUUGGCGCAACUUCCUCAAGGAGCGUCAAGCUCACACAAAGAGACGAACGUACGCUGGCCGGCGCGUUUGGUCCGGCAGCUAAGCUGGCUAUGGAGAUUCUAGUCAGUGUGGCUGAGAUGCAAGGCGCAAAGGCCUUCCUUGACGUCUCUCAAGCUCAUAUUGAUGCUUGCAUCUACAUUGGACCGGCAAGCCUCGACUUCGCAGAGACAUUCCUGUCACUAGGUGCCAAGUUUGCUGUUCCGACAACCUUGAACUCGAUAUCCAUUGAUCAGCGCCGCUGGAAAGAGAUCGGAAUGGAUCCAGUCCUGGCAAAAGAAGCCCAGAGGCUAGCACAAGCGUACAUGUCGAUGGGUGCAGCAAUGAGCUUUACAUGUGCACCUUACCUGCUUCGCACAGCACCUGGAGCCGGCGAGGACAUUGGCUGGGCCGAGUCCAAUGCAGUCGUGUUUGCCAACAGCGUCUUAGGCGCCCGGACUCAAAAGUAUCCCGACUUCCUCGAUGUAUGCAUUGCUUUGACAGGACGGGCCCCGGCUGCUGGGUGCCAUCUGGAGCAACAUCGCUUGCCAAAGUUGAAAGUCAUUGUAAACAGCUUUUUCGAGGCCGAUGACACAUUUUAUCCGCUGCUAGGGUAUCAUAUUGGCGCACUAGCAGGACCUGAUAUCCCACUGAUAAGUGGUUUGGAGAGUCUGGAUCCAAGUAUAUCAGACCUAAAGGCGUUUGGAGCGGCUUUUGCCACGACAGCCUCGGCACCAAUGUUCCAUAUCCGGGGCGUGACACCUGAAGCAGACAAAGUGAGCCUAUCCAGUGCAGGGCUGCCUAGCCAUGCAGUCAGUAGAGAAGUCCUGAGGAAUUCUUGGUAUCAGCUGAACACGGCAACCGAUUCCUCGGUAGGACUUGUGUCGCUCGGCAAUCCUCAUUUCUCGUUGGAAGAAUUUGCAACGCUCGCAAGGCUAUGCUCAGGUUGGAGAAAGCAUGCCAACGUGGAAAUCGUCGUGACCACAAGUCGAACUGUCAGUGAGAAGGCUUCUGAAGCGGGGUUUCUCGAUAUCUUGAACGAUUUCGGUGCUCGUGUGAUCACGGAUACCUGUUGGUGCAUGCUAGGUGAGCCAGUAGUGCCCAUCCGUGCGAAGAACAUCAUGACGAAUUCUGCAAAAUAUGCGCAUUAUGCACCAGGGAUGGUGCAGCGAGGGGUUCAUUUUGGCAGUUUGUCGAGAUGUGUGGAAGCAGCAUGCAAGGGGGAAGUUGGGCCUGCCAUGCCGGAGUGGCUGACUGAGGACAGACUCGAGCUGAAGUACAUGGAUUGAGUAUCUGUCGCCAGGACGACCAAGUCUGAUCGGACGUUGCUCGCUUUCCACACAAAGGUGUGGAGGCUUCAAGUGCUGAAAGCCUGAGUGAAGGUCUCACCAUGCGCCAUGACGCAAGAUAUCUCUUUCAGCUGAGUUGACUCUGUCAAGAUCACGAUUGAAACGUUGCGUUGGUCGGGGCAUCCCUGAAGUGUGGAAGUGGCGCCCAAAGAGCACCAAGCUUCCAUCAUGGUUAAGGUCAAAAGCUUGGAAUGCUUGUCUGACAUGAGACACAGGGCCUUCCAGGGUAAGGACCACUUAGCGACCUCGCCCUGCCCUAUCCACGUCAUA